AUGUGUACCUUUCGAGCGAUCUGGCAAUCCUUCCAGCGACUUGACGAGGAUGAAGCGACAACCUCCGGUAUAACAGAUGGUGCGGGCGACGAACAGAGCCGCGUCAUCUUCGUCAACCGGCCGCAGCCGCAGAAGUUCGUCAGCAACCGAAUAUCCACCGCCAAAUAUAGUGUGCCAUCGUUCGUCCCUUUAUUCCUGUUCGAGCAGUUCCGACGGUACUCCAACUGCUUUUUCCUAUUAAUCGCGCUAUUGCAACAGAUACCAGACGUGUCUCCCACCGGACGCUGGACCACUCUCACGCCUCUCAUACUCAUACUCAGUGUCAGCGCAAUCAAAGAAAUUGUAGAAGAUUUUAAACGUCACCGCGCAGACGACGAGACGAACAGACGGAAAGUGGAAGUGCUCUGCAAUGGGCGGUGGCAGAGCAUCCGGUGGGAGAAGCUGCAAGUGGGCGACAUAUGCAAAGUGCUUAACAACCAGUUCUUUCCCGCUGAUCUCGUGUUAUUGGCUUCUAGCGAACCUCAAGGCAUAUCGUUCAUCGAGACGUCCAACCUGGACGGCGAGACGAACCUCAAGAUCCGGCAGGCGAACCCCGAGACAGCGCGCCUCGGCGCGGCGGCGGCGCUGGCCGGCUUCCGCGCCACCGUGCAGUGCGAGCCGCCCAACCGACACCUCUACGAGUUCAAUGGCAUGCUGAGGGAGACUAACGCCAAAACGAUCCCGCUGGGGCUGGAGCAGAUGCUGCUGCGCGGCGCCAUGCUGCGCAACACGGCGUGGGUGCACACCCUCGUGGUGUACACCGGACACGAGACCAAGCUCAUGAAGAACUCCACUAAAGCCCCGCUGAAGCGGUCGUCCAUCGACCGGCAGACCAACACGCACAUCCUGAUGCUGUUCCUGAUCCUGCUGGCGCUGUCGCUGCUGAGCGCGGCGUGCUCCGAGCUGUGGCGGCGCGCGCGCACCGGCGCCGACGGCGAGCUGCGCGACUGGUACAUAGGCCUUAACGGAACGCCGAAUGCACAUUUCGGAUUUAACUUUUUAACGUUUUUGAUAUUAUACAAUAAUCUUAUACCUAUAUCCUUACAAGUUACUGCUGAGAUAGUUAGAUUUUUCCAGGCGAAGUUCAUCGCGAUGGACAGCGACAUGUACCACGCGGAGACGGACACGCCGGCGCUGGCGCGCACCUCCAACCUCAACGAGGAACUGGGCAUGGUGCGCUACGUGUUCAGCGACAAGACCGGCACGCUCACCUGCAACGUCAUGGAGUUCCGCAAGUGCUCCAUCGCCGAGGUGAUCUACAACCGUCCGGGGCCCAACGAGCGGCUGGAGGACACGCUGCUGCACCAGCACCUGGCGCACGGCCACCCCGCCGCGCCCGUCAUACAGGAGUUCCUCACCAUGCUGGCCGUGUGCCACACCGUCAUCCCCGAGCUUGUCGACGGCAACAUCAACUACCACGCCGCCUCGCCAGACGAGCGCGCGCUGGUGAUGGGCGCGGCCAUGUUCGGGUGGGUGUUCGAGACGCGCACGCCGGCGGCUGUGUGCGUGCGCGCGCGCGGCGCUGCGCUGCGCUACGACGUGCUGCACGUGCUGGCCUUCACCUCCGCGCGCAAGCGCAUGUCCGUCAUCGUGCGCGCGCCCAACGGGGAGAUCAAGCUGUUCUGCAAGGGCGCGGACUCGGUGAUCUACCCGCGGCUGGCGGGCGCGGGCGGCGCGGGCGCGGGCGCGGGCGGCUGCGCGCGCUACGCCGACGCCACGCUGGCGCACCUCGAGCACUUCGCGGCCGAGGGCCUGCGCACGCUCGUCUUCGCCGUCGCCGACGUGCCCGACCACGUCUACAAUGACUGGGCUAACACAUACCACAAGGCCAGUAUCGCGAUACACGACCGCGAGCAGAAGGUGGAGGAGGCCGCCAUGCUCAUAGAGACCAACCUGCGCCUGCUGGGCGCGACCGCCAUCGAGGACAAGCUGCAGGACGGCGUGCCGGAGGCGAUCGCGGCGCUGCUGAAGGCCAACAUCCACGUGUGGGUGCUGACGGGAGACAAGCAGGAGACGGCCAUCAACGUGGCGCACUCGGCGCGCCUGCUGCACGCCGCCGUGCCGCUGCUCGUGCUCAACGAGGACAGCCUCGACGCGACUAGGGAGUGCAUGUCGCGCCACCUGGCGGACUUCGGCGACAACCUGCGCAAGGAGAACGAGGUGGCGCUCGUCAUCGACGGGCAGACGCUGAAGUACGCCAUGGGCUGCGACCUGAAGAAGGACUUCCUCGACCUCUGCGUGUCCUGCAAGGUGGUGGUCUGCUGCAGGGUCUCGCCCAUUCAGAAGGCUGAGGUGGUGGAGAUGGUGUCGCGCGCGACGGGCGCCGUGACGCUGGCCAUCGGCGACGGCGCCAACGACGUGGCCAUGAUCCAGCGCGCGUCCGUGGGCGUCGGCAUCUCCGGCGUGGAGGGCCUGCAGGCCGUCUGCGCCUCCGACUACAGCAUCGCGCAGUUCCGGUUCCUGGUGCGGCUGCUGCUGGUGCACGGCGCCUGGAACUACUCGCGCAUCAGCAAGCUCAUCCUCUACUCCUUCUACAAGAACAUCUGUCUCUACGUCAUCGAGCUGUGGUUCGCCAUCUACUCCGCCUGGUCCGGACAAAUCCUAUUCGAGCGAUGGACGAUAGGUUUCUACAACGUGAUAUUCACGGCGCUGCCGCCCUUCGCCAUAGGGCUCUUCGAUAAGAUCUGCUCGCCCGAGAUUAUGUUAAGGCACCCGGCGCUGUACAUCCCGUCGCAGCAGGGGCAGCUGUUCAACGUGCGCGUGUUCUGGGUGUGGGCAGUGAACGCGCUGCUGCACUCCGUGCUGCUGUUCUGGCUGCCCGUGCUGCUGGCGCAGCACCACGUGCUGUGGCCCGGCGCGCGCGACGGCGGCUACCUCGUGCUCGGCAACUUCGUCUACACGUUCGUGGUGGCGACGGUGUGCCUGAAGGCGGGGCUGGCGACGCACUCGUGGACGUGGGUCACGCACCUCUCCAUCUGGGGCUCGCUCGCGCUCUGGUUCCUCUUCAUACUUGUAUAUAGCAACCUGUACCCGGCGGUGGUGAUCGGCGCGGUGAUGCGCGGCAUGGACCGCAUGGUGUUCAGCUCGCUGGUGUUCUGGUUCGGCCUGCUGCUGGUGCCCGUCGCCGCGCUGCUGCCCGACCUCCUCGUCACCGUAAUACAUAAUUCGGCGUUCAAAACGAUGACGGAGGCGGUGCGCGAGAGCGAGAUCAAGAAGCGCGACCCCGCCGCCCUGCUCGCGCACCCGCGCCACUCUUUCUUUGGAAGUUGGACUGACUUGAUUUGCUUUGUGACAGGAACGACCGCUUUUAAACGCGCGACGGACGCGCGGCUCGCCGUGGCGCGCCUGGCGCAGUGUGAGUAUACGCAUGGCUUGGCAUGUGCCUGCCCCCGCCCCGACCCCCAAACCCCGCACGCUGCCUCUGCCCCCUUUGCGGUACGGUACCGGGUUCAAUUCCGUUGUCACCGUUUAUGUGGCAGCCUCACGGAGACCGCGCGCCUGCUGCAGAAUGUGCGCAGCGUGUUCGGGAGGCGCUCCGCCACGCGCGCCACCACGGAGCUCGAGCUGUCGCAUGGCUUCGCGUUCUCUCAAGAAGAGGGCGCGAGUGUUUCCCAAGCAGACGUCAUACGCGCGUACGACACGAGCCAACCGCGGCGCUCU